AUGAAUGAGCUCUACCCGGGGGUGUCGAGAAAACUGUUCUGUAACUCCGACAAAUUAUUUUAUGAUAACAUACGGAACCUAGAUGAGAGACUAAACGUGAAUGACAAUUUUAAUGAAAAUAAAUAUGAGCAGCUGUAUCGUGAGAGGUACGCAAGGAAUAAUAGGAGGUUUAAGACUGAGCCUCCAAAAAAUAUUUGUGAGAGAGGAGGUUCCCAAUUUUACUCGUCUUUUUUUAAUAGUAUAUUUAAAAGCUUAUCGAAGAAUGUGAUGUACAGUGAGGAGGAUAAGCAGAGGGAGGAAGACGCGAAGGAAAAAAAGAAGAAGACUUCUUCCCGACAUUCGAACCACUCGCGGAAUGUUAAACUUCCCCAUUUGGCCAAAAGGGACAAUGGGAGCAAGAGGGGCGCGGCUAGCUCGGAGGAGGACGACGAGGAGGACUUGCAAACGGAAGGAGAAUCCGGAGAGGUGAGUAGCGCCGAAGGGAGCAGUGGCGAGCAUGGAAGUGGUGACCAUCGAAGUGGUGACUAUCGCUUUGGGGGUGCGCCCAGGGAAGGUGCCAAGCGCAUGGAGCAGAACCGAAGAGUGCAAAAAAUGGUCAACAGUGGGCAGAAAGCGGCCAUCGGCGGGCAUAAAACGGCCAACAGCGCCAAACUCGUGAACAGCGACGUCAUUUCGGAUGUCUUCCUGAAGAAGAACGUGAAGAGCCUAGUGGUGCAUGACACGGGGGGGAUAGACAUCGAACUGAUCGAAAACGAAAACCCAGAGUUUUUGUAUCAUACCUACACGGGGAAUAGAAUUUCGAACAUGUAUUAUGCGUAUGACGAUUCUAUAAAGAGCAAGGAAUAUUGUGAUGAUAAGAAGAUAAAUAGGUUUAAUUCGUCCUUUUCUCGGAGGGAAGGCGGUCUCGCGGGGGAGUCCAUCACGGGAGAGGCUAGCCCCAGGGGUUCGUCUGCAAAGGGGUCGUCCGCACACAGCGGCAGAAGAGAAAACAAGCAGAACACAUCUCAUUACAAAUCUGAGUUCUCCACGGACAGCAACAACAGUAAGCGGUGUGACGAACAGAGCUGCAGCAAGAAAAGCGAAAUGGAAGAAAAGGUCUCCAGUUGGUCGAAUGAGGUGUGCUACUAUGAUAGCUGCAACACAUAUGAAGGAAGCAGAAAUAAGGGAACUUCAAACUGGUCGGGGGAACGAAGCAAAAUGUUCGAUUCGUAUUCUUCCGUUUCCAGCAUUUCUGCAAACACAUCAGAGAGGGAAAAGGGAAGGAAGUACCACUACAUUGGGGAAACCCUAAAUAACGUCCGAAAUGGAUGGGGCAUGCUAAUUUAUAAUGACCGAGUUAUAUUUGAAGGGGAAUACAAAAUGAACAAUGCCAUUGGGUAUUUUAUUAAGUACAAUGAGUACUCUACAGAGAUAGGGUUUAGGAGUCCCCUCAGUAUCAAGUCAGUCGUCAUCAUGAGCGACAGCGAUAAUUUCAUUAUACAAAAUAGAUGUGAGAAUCUAGAAUCUGUGAAGAGUGACGAAAUGGCAGCUAGCCAAAAUGGUGCUCAAAAAUUGGAGGAUAAUGACAGCGUGGAGGUAGACAUUAAAGGGAAGGAGGGGGAAUUAACUUGUGAAGGAAAUGUAGAAGGGGCACUCUGCGAAAAUAAAAGUUACAUGACCAAGUCAGAAGUGAAUCUGUUCUGUCCGCAGAAAUUCCCAACGAUAAGUAACUACGCACACUGCUCCGAUUUCAGGAGGACCCCUGGGGUUUUUACCACCCCGAAUAGCAACAGAUUGUACAAAGAAAAUGUUCUCAUGAAUAAUCUGCUGAACAGUAUAAAGGAUAAUGAGGGCUCCCCCAAAAAAAGGGAACAAGCAGGGAAGGCCAAAAAUCUUACCGUCGUGUCUAGCUACAUUAGAAGAAACAGCAAACAUAAGACGACACCUGCGCGCUCGAUCAACUAUCUGAAGCCACCCAUGAUGCACUUGAUAAAGAAUAAUAUUAUUCUGAAUAGGAACGCCUUUUUGAAGAACGACAAAUCGGCCUCCUCCAGGAAGAGGAGGGAGCAGAAAACCACCACGCAUUGCUCCAGCCCGAUGAGCAUCAUCGUGACGUCGUUCGACACGGACGAGGAGUCGGCCUCGUCCGGAGACGACCCACAUGGGGGGAGCAGCCCAAAUGGGGAGAGCAUCCCAAAUGGGGAGAGCAUCCCAAAUGGGGAGAAUAGCCUCAAUGGAGAGAAUAGUUUCAAUGGAGAGAACGAAGAGGGAACCGCCUCAGUGGAGGGCGCCACUACGCGGAGCUGCGCUCAGCCCGUCACGGUGUUCUCGGAGCGCGGGAAGCAAUUGGGCAGAGUUAACAUGAAUGGAGAUGGACUCACAAUUUUGCACCUACAGAACAACAAUCAUGUUGAGGAAGUACAUUCGAGCAAAGCAGAUGAUGAGGGGACUCACUUAUCUAACGAUGACGAGAAGGGGGGGUACGCGGCAGAUUCGGGAGUGCUCAGUGUGGAUGACCAGGAGGAGGACGUGGGGGAAUUCUUCAAGGGAGGGAAGAGGCGCACGAAGAGUCGAGCCGCUUUUACGAAUGAAGCGGGUGGCACUGCGAGUGAAGGCAGUGUGGGCGUUUACAGGGAUGACACGCAUAAGGAUACGGACGGGGAGACGUACAAGGAUGUGGACAGAGCGGACGUGGCUGUGAGGGGGGAGGAGGCAGAGCGCCGCGCGCACUUCAAGACGGAGUCGUCGGACGAGGAAGAGGCAGAAGUGGAGGUAGAUGCAGAAGCGGAGGUAGAUGCAGAAGCGGAGGUAGAUGCAGAAGCGGAGGUAGAUGCAGAAGCGGAGGUAGAUGCAGAAGCGGAGGUAGAUGCAGAAGCGGAGGUAGAGGUAGAGGCGGAGGGGGAGGGCCAGAACAAGCUGAACAUCAUCAUCACCGACGAGUACAGAAACCUACUGUGCGAUAACAUCAAUAACGACAAUUUUGUGAUAAAGAACAACGAAAUUAGGACCUUUGAGGAGUUCAUGGAGAGCCAGGAGGAGUUCGACGGGGGGGGGAGCGACCAGUGGAGAGAGGCCAUGCGGGGUUCCACCGGGGAGGGCAGCGAUCAGUGGAGAGAGGUCAUACCGGAUUCCAUCGGGGGGGGAAGCGACCAGUGGAGAGAGGUCAUACCGGAUUCCAUCGGGGGGGGAAGCGACCAGUGGAGAGAGGUCAUACCGGAUUCCAUCAGAGGGGUGAACCCCCCCAAAUGUAACACUGAGCAGAAGGAAGAGGAUCCAAAAAAGGAGGAGCUCCAUUUUGGCCACCCCGAUAAGGCGUACAUAAGAAGACGUUUACGCGGAGCGACCUUCCCCGAAACGCACGACGAUAGACAGAAGAACUGUUUCCUCUUCAUAGACGAUUACCUAACGUCGAACGAUGACAAAUUUGAUUUAAUUAAUGAAGAUGUGAAGUUGAGAGCAUCGGAUUAUAACAAGUGGUCCGUGAAUAUGCUAUACAAUUUUCUAAAAAUGAUAGGCUUGAAGAAGGAAGCCUACUUAUUUAAGAUCCACAAGAUAAGGGGGUACCACAUCCUCAAGCUCACAGACAAGGAAUUGAAAAGAUUAAACAUAAAUAAUUCUUAUGUGCGUAAAUUCGUCUUAUCUGUUUUUAGAUUUUUAGUUAAUUCUAUGGAUAGUGCUGAUCCGUUGUCUUUAAAUUUUAAUACGAGUAGGAAAUUUUCCUUUAAUGAAAUAGAGACGAUUUGCAAUAGCGAGAUUAUGAUACUUAAUAAAGUUGGUGGGGGGAGCUACGCGCAGGUGUUCAGGGCUAAGUAUAGAGGAAAGUACGUGGCAUGUAAAUUGUUUUUGUAUAAUCCGAAGGACAUGAGUGAAGAGAGCUACUGCGAGAGUUACAUAUCCACCCCGAGGUCCAGUCACACGUAUAUUUUCCCGAAAAUAACCCCCAGCUUAAGCAUUGGAGGGGGGUCACACGGGGAGAAGUUACACACGGGGGAGUUACACGGGGAGAAGUUACACACGGGGGAGUUACACGGGGAGAAGUUACACACGGGGGAGUUACAUGUGGAGAAGCUACACACGGGGGAAUUACAUGGGGAGCACUCCCCGGUUACCCCCGCUCCUCAGGAGAAACUGGACGGGGGAGAAACCCCAAACGUUAGCAGCACCUCCUACACACUUCAAAGAAAUAAGAAAAUAAAAAAAAUGGCCAACUUGGAAAUUUUCAGAUAUUUCCCCACCCCAGUGAAGUACCGAAAUUACGAAGCGAAAAUUUUGUAUUCUCUACAGGGGUGCAGUCACGUGAUCAAGUUGCUGGGAGUGUGUAGCCUACGAGAGGGGGAAGAAUCCCUCAUCUUACAGUACUGUGCCGGGGGGAGCCUAGAAAAGUACAUCUAUAUGGACGAGAAGAAGAAGAACAGCGCAUAUAUGCGUUAUCUGUCGAGACCCAAAAUAGUAAAGAUAUUUCAACAAGUGGCAGAAGGAAUGCACAACGUACAUUCAAAUCAUUUUUUCCACAGGGAUUUGAAACUUUCAAAUAUUUUGUUAGAUGCUAACCAGGAUGCCGUGAUUUCUGACUUUGGGUUAUCAACUCAUUUUUCUUUAAAUGAUAGCCCCACUGCGUAUGCCAUGUAUGGGAACAUAUUUUAUGCAGCCCCGGAGGUUUUAAAAGGGGAAGGAUUUUUUAAAGAAUCGGAUGUGUGGUCUUUUGGAGUUAGCUUAUGGGAGGCCUUGACGAGAAAGAUUGCAUACGAUGGGAUGUCUGCUUCAGAGAGCUUCUGCAAAAUUUCAGCUGGGGAGUUGGUCCUUCCCAUUCCCAAGGACCUGCCCUCGGAGCUGUCCGAGCUGCUGAGGAGCAUGCUGGAGUACGACUUUACCCGGCGGCCCCUCUUCGACGUCAUAGCCAAGCGGCUGGAGCGCAUUCGCCUGGAGGCCGACAAGAAGCUGCACGUGGACAUCCUCUCCUUCUUCGACGGGUAGGCGGGGGAGCGUCGAGGAGCGGCGAAGUAGCGGCAGAGUAGCAGCGAAGUAGCGGUAGCGUGGUAGAGUGAUAACUUGGCAACGCUGUGUACCGUGUCCCCCUACUUUGUACCGCUUCCCCCCACUUACGAAUUAAAACAGCCAGCGCGCGUGCCCCCACAGGCGCGCCGGCGCUCUCUUCCCUUUCCCUUCCCUCCCAUCCGUGCCCCCCAUUCGUUGUGCUUCCCACUUUUAUGUCCAUUUGCACAGUGCCCCACUCCCCGAGCUGGCAGUGCAGGGGCGUACAUUUUGUUUGUUCCUAAAAAGUGGAAGGCUAUUUUUUGGGCCCAAAGGGUAGGAAAGGAAAAAAUAGAAAAACAAGCCGCGUUAUUAGCAGCGUUUUAGCGGCGUUUUAGGCGCGUUUUAGCAGCGUUAUUAUUUGUUUAAACUUCAUUUGUUCCCACUAAAUUAGCACUUGCGUUUUUUUU